AGUGAGGGCGGCAGCAUGGCGUCCAGGUCCAAGCGGCGCGCCGUGGGCAGUGGGGCUCCGCGGCCCGUGGACGCCCCGGCCCCGCGCCAGGAAGAAGAAGAGGACGAAGAAGUGGAGGACCAGGACGAAGACGAUGAAGACAGUGCCGAGGAGGACGACGACGACGACGAGGUCGUCGACCAGGAAGUGAAUAUUGAAUUUGAAGCUUAUUCCAUCUCCGACAACGAUUAUGACGGAAUUAAGAAAUUAUUGCAGCAGCUCUUCCUAAAGGCUCCUGUGAACACUGCAGAACUAACAGACCUCUUAAUUCAGCAGAACCAUAUCGGGAGUGUGAUUAAGCAAACGAAUGUUUCAGAAGACAGCGAUGACGAUGUGGACGAAGAUGAGAUUUUUGGUUUCAUAAGUCUUCUCCAUUUAACUGAAAGGAAGGGUGCCCAGUGUGUUGAGCAAAUUAAAGAGCUGGUGUUAAGCAGCUGUGAGAAGAACUGUGACAAGAGCACGGUGGAGCAGUUGGACAAGCUCCUGAACGACACCACCAAGCCUGUGGGCUUCCUCCUGAGCGAAAGAUUCAUCAACGUCCCUCCGCAGAUCGCUCUGCCCAUGCACCGGCAGCUCCAGAAAGAGCUGGCGGAGGCACACAGGGCGGACAGGCCGUGUGGGAAGUGCUGCUUCUACCUUCUGAUUAGCAAGACGUUUGUGGAAGCAGGGAGAAGCGAUUCCAGAAAGAAGCAGAGCAGCCAAAGGAAAGAGGAGCUCGUGUUUGCCAACGCAGAGGAGGAGUUCUUCCAUGAGAGGGCGCUCCUGAGGUUCAGCUACUCGGUGCAGGAGGAGAGCGGCAUGUGUCUGGGCGGCAGCUGGUCCUUUGACGACGUCCCAAUGAAGCCCUUGCGCACGGUGAUGCUGGUUCCCUGCGACAGGAUGAGUGACAUCAUGGACGACCUGAAAGAACACCUGUCUGUCUAGCCCGCUUCCCGUGGACAGUGCUGUGCUUGUUUUGGUAAAAUCACCAGAAAACCCAGUGGAGUUUUACUGAAAAACUCGACUUUAUUUAGCUUUCGGUCCUCUACAAAAAGUAGGGUUCUGUUGCCCGUGUCUGUGACACGUUUACAAAAUAUCUUUUAAAAAGUUUUGGUCAAAUUAUGAAUGGUUGAUUAAAAACCUUCCAAAUAAGAAGAAAAAUGUGGAGUAGUAAUUUAAAGAACUCAAUA